AUGGAGGGUUGUAGGCCAUUGGUCGGAUUUGAUGGUUGUCAUCUAAAAAGUGCAUUUGGGGGUCAAUUACUGGCUGCGGUUGGGAUAGAUCCCAACGAGAGAAUGUACCCAAUUGCCUGGGCAAUUGUACAAGCUAAAAAUUAUGACAAUUGGCUGUGGUUCAUGAACUUGUUGAAAGCUGAUAUAAACAUUGAAAAUGAUGCAAUGUGGACUUUUAUUUCCGACAAACAAAAGGGACUGAUUAAUGCAGUAGAGACAAUAUUUCCGGAAGCAGAACACAGGGCAAUAACUAGGUCUGCGGAUACUCUGGUGGAAUGGUCAGGAGGACCUAAAUUUCUUGUCACUAGUACUUCUGGAGGCUAUGAAAUGGUUGUGGAUACUUUUAAUAAGACUUGUGCAUGUAACAAGUGGCAGUUGUCCGGAAUACCGUGUUUUCAUGCCGUGGCAUGCUAUCAUUCUAGAAACAUAGAUCCUGUACAAGGCAUACAUCCAUCUUACAGCAGAGAUAUGUAUUUAAAGGUGUAUGAGCACAUUCUACAGCCAAUUAACGGAGCAGAACUUUGGGAGUCAACACCAUAUCCAAAACCUUUGCCACCAAAUGUCAAAACUGCUCCAGGAAGACCUAAAAAAAGAUCAAGGAAAAAUGAUAUUCCAGCGGUGUAUCCUACAAAGCUGAAAAGAGAGAAUACCACGUUAAGAUGUGGUCACUGUAAGGAAUAUGGACACAAUAAAAGGACUUGCUCUUUAAAGAAAAGUGAUGGUAAGGUUAAAGAAAAAGAAGUUGCGGAGGCUAGUGGGAAAAACAAUGAGACUGGUGGCAUCACUGGCACUAAUGAGGCUAGUGAAAAUAAUGAACAAGUUGAAAUAAGCCAAGGUGUUUCACAACAUGUUGAUAAUUUACAGGAAAGUCAGGAGCCCAUCGUACAACCAACUCCAUAG